CGACCACUUUAUAUCACACAAGAAGGCAACACUGUAUGACAAGGACAGUCCAGACUGGGUGCCAUCUGUUAACAUGGGUCACGCACAGCUCCCGACAACUCCAUCACCCCAAGUAGCCAGUGCCCGGUUUGAACGCCGCAAAGCCAGGAAUGACAAGACAGAUGCCGCCCGUACCCUUCUGGCUUUUAGCGAGAUGGACACCGAAGUGACUGAUCCUGAACCGACCACUGUGCCAGCGACAGAAACACAGACUGACAUAACAGGAGUCGCGUUUGAUGCCAUGACAAAUGAACUUGCCCAUCUCCAAAAGAAGUCAGACUCUAUGAGUCUACUUGUGAAUACUCAGAUUCCCUAUUCCCAAGAGUUUUUCAUUGGAAAUGAUGAUAAAGUUAAAUAUUUUACAGGACUGGGAACACCCUACCAAUUGAAUUUCUGGACACAAGAGGUGAUGGAGAUAUUCCACUAA